UCGGACCAUAGACGAGGCGGACUUCCGGCGGUGUAUUUUCUCGCUGGAUAACGAAGUUCUUUCCCAGAGUUUAUAGCGGAUCAAAUUACCUGGUGUGAUAAUAAAUAAUCAACCCAGGACACCGACCGCGUCCCGAGUUGAUGGCCGAUCCCGCUCCUCCCGUCCCGUCAGCUCUCGUCUCGUUUCUCUCCACGUUGCUUCCCCGGGGCUUCGCCGUGGGCCCGUCGCGGCUCUGCGAGGGCGCGCUGGGGCUGUGGUGGGUCGGCCGCUCGCUGGGGGCCGGGUCCCUGCUGGGCGGGGACGGGGACACGGAGUGGACGUGGAGGCACGGCGCCGCCGACCCGAUGACUCCCCGUGGCCAUGAGGGCGAACUCACCAAACCGGGUCAGAGCACCGAGGCGGAGGAGGCGCUGAAAGAGAUAAACACGGAGGCUCUUCUGCAAAAAGCAGUUUGGAUCAACUUUGCCCGCCGGGCGCUCAGCAGAGCGCAGCAGAACGUGGCCGUGCAGUGUGCGCGCGGAGAGGCGUGUGUGUGCGCGGGCGCGUGUGUGGACGUGCGCCUGCGCGUGUGUGGGGACGUCCGGCCGGGAACAGAGCUGCUGUUGUACGACGACGCUGCGGGACAAAGUCAGAGGACCGACGGGACCGACCCACGGGAGAACUCGGCUGCGAGGGACACAGAAAACGAGGUGGAGCAUGAAAAAGAGCCGGACAGCGCAGUUAACACAAUAUCAGUCGUUCAAGAAAAGGAAGAGACAGAAGACAAACACAAGGAGAGAAUGCCGGAGGAAGAGGAGGGGCGCUACGUUCGGGGUCACCCGCCCACACCCAGGAGGAAGAGGAGAGUCGAGGAGAUCCCGUCCGAGCAGGACAGCGAUGGCGAAACACCUGAGGACCGACAGUCACACGGUCUCUCUGCGGACGGACAGACUCACGUCCGCUGCAGCUCCCGUCUGGCUGCGAAGCCACGGCGAGUUCACUGUCUGACGAAGCGGCCGCCUUCCCGCCCCGACGCGCCUCAACAGACAGAGGGGCGGAGCCCGAGGUCCCCCGAGGAGGACGCCAGGUGCGUCCCACAACAGGUGGAAUCGGUGAAGACGUUACGUCCUGACGCGGAGGACGCCGCAGCGGCAGCAGGAGCGACGAGGACGACGAGGACGAGGAAGACGAAGACGACGUGGCAGUCGGAGGUCAGAGAGCGGCGCUACAGAUGCUCCCGCUGCGGUAAGAAGUUCUACCAGCUCGGCCACUUGAAGAAACACCAGUUCAGUCACACGGAGGAGAAACCGUUCACCUGCCCAGACUGCGGGAAGAACUACACCUCCGCAGAGAGCUACAGAGCCCAUCAGAUGCGUCACCGCGGCGAGCGUCCCUUCUCCUGCCCGCACUGCGAGAAGAGCUACGGACUGAAGCGCGACCUGAAGGAGCACCUGGUGCUGCACACCGGAGAGAAGCCGUACGCCUGCGAGCACUGUGGCAAGGCGUUCGCCCGCCGCCCCUCGCUACGCAUCCACCGCCUGCUCCACUGCAGCAGAGUGAUCUACACGCAGCCGCCCAAGGUGCAGUGCACGCUCUGCCCCAAGCUGCUGGCCAACUUCGGCUCCCUGAGGAACCACAUGAAGCUCCACACGGGGGAGAAACCUCACGUCUGUCAGCACUGUGGGAAGUGCUUCAGUCAGAAAGGAAACCUCGACUGCCAUUUGAGAAUCCACAGCGGAGAGAAGCCGUACCCCUGCUCCGAGUGCAGCCAGAGCUUCUCCCAGAAGCCGGAACUCCGCCGGCACAUGAUCUCCCACACGGGCGGCGGUUUCCUCUGCAGCUACUGCGGAAAGUCGCUGAGGGACCCGCACAGCCUGAAGGCCCACGAGAGGCUGCACACCGGAGAACGGCCGCAUCGCUGCCCCGCCUGCGGAAAAGCUUACACGUUGGCCACCAAGCUGAGGAGACACAUCAAGUCGUCCCACCUGUUGGAGAAGCCGUUCGUCUGCCACUGCGGCGCCUCGUACACGGCGAGACAGAGUCUGCUGAGGCACCAGGCUCAGCACCGCACAGAGGGCGGAGCUACGGAGGAGCUGGAGGCGGGACACGCAGAGGAGGAGGAGACGGACAGCGGCAGGAAGGACGCGGCGCACGUGAAGCCGACCAGAGGCCGACCCAAGAAGAACUCGGGAGAGACGCAGGCCGGGGAAGUGAAGCGCAGAAGGGGACGGGGAAAAGUGGAGGACAAGGAGGCGAGGCCGGGAGGAAGAAGGGGUCAAGAGGGGGACACCCUGAGAGGAGGAGGCGAUGGCGAGGCUCCGGGUGACGUCCAGCGCGCCGCCGCCGUCCUCUUCGUGCACACUGACGACCUGUCCACGCCGAGCUCCGCCCCUCUCCUCCUCGCCUCGGAGGACUCGCUGCCUCCUGCGGGGGCGGGGCAGGGGCUGGUGGAGGUGGUGAUAUCGGAGGCCGCGGAGCAGUGCAUUGUGGUCCACGGGCAGCAGACGGUGGGAGAGCUGCUGAUCUUGCAGGAGGACGAGAGCGGACUCUGCUCGGUGGCGCAGACGGUCGAGAUCAACAGCAUGUAGCCUCAGAUCUUUGCGUCUCAGUUCACUUUGAACGUUCAAACUACCUCAUCUGCAUCUUCCCACCUCGUCUCUUUGCCUCCUGUUUGUCUGUGAGUAGAAACUGACCCCUUGAGUUCUUUCGCUGAGAUUGUGGAACGCCGACGCGCCGUUUGAUUCCGAGCAGCUGACAACAUUCACUGACAGUCACCGCUGAUGCUUUAGACAAAAUCAAAAACACUUGCAGAACUCAGCCUUUCAUGAACAGAGCUUUACAUUCAGACUCCUUUGAGUUUUAUGAAACAAAAUAAAACGGCAAAAAACA